CCCUCGACCCGCAUAUUUCAUUUUCCACCCUAUCAAUCAGAAACCCUCCAGUUCUACCCUUUCAUUCCCCAACAAAGUCUGAAAUUCCUAGGGCUACGUUUCAUGGCAGAGGUGAUGAACAUGCCCCCCGACUCUGUCGACCAGUCCCCCAAGCCCUCCGCCAACGACGAGGCGCCACCGCCUGUGCCUGUGCCUGUGCCUGCGCCGCCACCGCGCAGGAGGGAGAGGGACAGGAGGGACGAGCGGGACGUGGAUCGGCCACCGGCCCGCCGCGAUUACUACGACCGGAACGCGUCGCCACAGCCAAGGGAGAGAGAGCGGGACUACAAGCGCCGCCGCAGCCCCAGCCCCCCGCCGUAUCGCGACCGCCGCUACUCUCCAUCUCUUCGCCGUUCGCCCCCACCUUUCAAGCGGAACAGGCGGGGGAGCCCCCGCGGCGGCUAUGGACCGGAGGAUAGGUUUGGCUAUGAUUAUCCUGGUGGAUAUGAGCGUGGGAUGGGGGGAAGACCUGGAUUUGCUGAUGAAAAGUCUCAUGGUCGGUUUAUGAAUCGUUCAGCUGGUGCAUAUCAAAAUGGACCUUCUGACUUUGAAUCAAAUCGUGGUGGUUAUGCAGAUUCAUCAAACACAGCGAGCACACAAAGGGAGGGCUUGAUGUCCUAUAAGCAAUUCAUUCAGGAGCUUGAAGAUGAUAUCUUACCUGCUGAAGCUGAGCGUAGGUAUCAAGAAUAUAAAACAGAGUACAUUUCUACUCAGAAACGUGCUUUCUUUGAUGCUCAUAAAGAUGAGGAGUGGUUGAAAGACAAGUAUCAUCCGACCAAUUUAGUUACUGUUAUUGAAAGGAGGAAUGAACAAGCUCGAAAUUUGGCGAAGGAUUUUUUGCUUGAUUUGCAGAGUGGAACACUUGACCUAAAUCCUGGUGUUAAUGCCUUAUCAUCAAACAAAUCGGGGUUAGCAAGCGAUCAAAACUCUGAUGAUGAAGCAGAGGCUGGUGGAAAACGAAGAAGACAUGGUAGAGGACCAGUUAGAGAAAAUGAUUUUUCGGCUGCUCCAAAGGCUCCCCUUGUUAGUACUGAGCCUAGAAGAAUACAGGCAGAUAUUGAACAAGCUCGGGCCCUGGUACGCAAGCUUGAUUCUGAAAAAGGGGUUGACAAUAAUAUUUUAUGCAGUGUUGGUCAUGACAAAACUGACAGUGAUAAGUCCCAUGGUGGAUCUGUUGGUCCAAUUAUAAUUAUACGAGGCUUAACAUCUGUAAAGGGCCUAGAGGGUGUCGAGCUUCUGGAUACACUUAUUACGUAUCUCUGGCGGAUCCAUGGUUUAGAUUACUAUGGCAUGGUUGAAACUAAUGAAGCUAAGGGUUUUAGGCAUGUAAGGCCAGAAGGAAAGAAUUAUGAAGAAACAACCAAAGCUGGGGCUGAUUGGGAAAAGAAACUUGACUCAUUUUGUCAAGAAAGGUUGAAAGGUCAGGAUCCCUUGGAAUUAAUGACUGCUAAGGAGAAGAUAGAUGCAGCUGCUGUUGAAGGCUUAGAGCCAUAUGUUAGGAAGAUAAGAGAUGAAAAGUAUGGAUGGAAGUAUGGCUGUGGAGCCAAGGGCUGUACGAAGCUUUUCCAUGCUUCUGAAUUUGUGCAUAAGCAUCUGAAGCUUAAACACACAGACCUUGUAAUGGAACUGACUUUGAAAGUGCGUGAGGAUCUCUAUUUCCAAAAUUACAUGAAUGAUCCAGAUGCUCCAGGUGGAACACCUGUCAUGCAGCAACCUCAGAAGGACAAGCCACAGAGGCGAAGACUGGGUAUGGAGAACCGAUUGAGAGAUGAUCGUGGCAACCGGAGGGAUCACGAACGUAUUGACAGGAUUAAUGAUGGUGAACGGUUUGAUAGGAAUGAGAAUUCCCCUUCCCGCGAUCGACAAUCUAAACCCGGUGUCCUCGAUGUAGGGAAUCAUGAUGACUCAAUGUAUGAUGCAUACAGUGGGCAAGCCAUUAGUGGUGUUGCCCCGUUUCCCUCAGAUAUACCUCCUCCACCAGUAUUAAUGCCUGUUCCUGGUGCUGGGCCUCUGGGACCCUUUGUUCCUGCCCCUCCAGAAGUUGCAAUGCAGAUAAUACGGGAGCAGGGGGUAGGGCCAUCCUCGUAUGAUGGCAGUGGCAGAAAAAUGCGACCUGGUCCUAAUAUUGGAGGGCCAACACCUAUUCUUGUUCCCCCAGCUUUUAGACCCGAUCCUAGACGGAUGCGAAGUUAUCAAGAUUUGGAUGCUCCGGACGAUGAAGUCACUGUGAUAGACUAUCGGAGUUUGUAAAGCCUCACUAGAUUGGCCUUUUUCCCCAAAUGCACGAUCGCUUCGGCUUCUUCGUCGAAUUAGAGAGUAAUCUUGUUUUGAGAUUGGCAUUGAGUGUGGCUUCAAUCUGAGGGCGGUGGUCUUUUAUUUGUACCAAUAAUUAGCUUCUUUUUCUUUGAACUUCCUCCUACAGUUGUUAGGGACCUGAGCAGAUUACUUAACACACACACUACCAGAUUUAACCAGAUUGUAGGCGGUUAGGGUUUUUAAAUUGGCAUGUUUUUUUGGGUAAAUAAAGACUAUUUGACCGAA